CGACCUGAACAGACAGUCAGCACAGCCCUCUCACUUCUCAGAACAGCUUUCAUCCCCAGCAUAACAAAGUUGGAUCAGGUCCAGCUGUCAAGAUGAGUUCACUAUUCCUCGUGCUCCUGUCUUCUGCGCUGUGCUGGGCCUCCUCUCAUAGACCCAAUGAAAACAUAGAGACUCUCAUGGAUAACGUUCUGGUGCUGAGGGUUCCCUAUGGCCAGGACAGCAGGAAGUACAUCCCUCUGACAUGUGGAGAAACUCUUCAAAAUCAGACCGUGUUUUGGAAGAAAAAUGGCCAGGAGCUUGACCCACGUCUCCAGGGAAAUCAGGUCAGGGUCCUGGUGGAGGAGAUGGACGGAGGAAAUUACACUUGUCACCACGGUCCUGAUGGAAAAUACCUCAACCACACCAUGAUCAUGGUCCAACUAGACCCAGACAACAGGACUGUCAUACUGGAAGAAAGAUCCAACGAAGGUCACAUCCACUGUUCAGCACCGAACUAUAAAGGUACCUUCCACUGCACCUGGAAAAGAACAGAAUCCAGACCCAACGCUGCCGUGCUCCUGGUGAAGAUAGAACGCCAUUUGGAGACGUUAUCAUGUGAGGUAGACGCUGACGGAUCAGGGGUUCACUGUCACAACGCCAGCUGCCCGUACAAAGAAGAACAACACCACAUCUUCCUCACCGUCUACAUACACAGCGACUCUCGCUUAGAGGCCUACAAGAAGGUUUUCUUCCUGAGAGACAUUGUGAGACCAGCAAAACUCUCUGACCUGCGCAUCAGUGAUGGGAAGGUGUUCAGCUGGGACUACCCUGACACUUGGGAGACGCCAUGCACCUACUUUGGCCUGCAGUUCCAGGUCAAGGUGGUCCAUAACCACCAUUCCUGUAACUCUGAAGAGUCCCUAAUGAAGAUCAUCACUGAGGACAAUACAUAUGAAGUCAAUGUCAAAACCAAGAGAUACGUUUUCUGUGUGCGAGCUCAGGACAAGUACACCAACGGGCCAUGGAGCCAAUGGAGUCAAUGCAUAGUGAGCAAACACCAUGUGAUCUGCUAGUUUCUUCACUGGACUGAUGCCACAACAAAGGAAGGCUAGGAGGACAGAAGAAACUUCUUUUCAUUGUCACACUUUUUUUUAGAGCAAACAACACAAACAGGUUUUGUGCUUUGAGAGUGAAUGUAUAACUAUGUAGUAUUUAUUUUGAUGUUGGUAUGGAAAUACAGUAUAUUUUCAAAACAAUUAUUUGUACUAUACCCUAUCUAACUUCUAUUUUUCUACAUUUCCUAAUAAAUUA